AUGCCAAGAGACUGUUCGGGAUAUCCAUCUGAUAUUUUAGUGCAUGUGCCGAAUAGUGCAGCUACUGUCACCAGCGAAGAGAUCAGAAAUAGUGAUCCUUACACCCCGAUUUUUCGACAGUUAGGCACGUCGAACUUACAGAGUACCCGAAUAGGAUCGAAUGAUACUAUUGACAACUCAGUAGGACUACAACAAUCAGAAAAAUCAGCGUAUGAAGAUCGAAUAAAACGCUUGGAACAGCAAGUUGAAAAUUUGACAAAACAGAAUUCAUCUGAAAGUCCUAAACUAACACUAAGAAGUGACUGUAUUCCAGAAUUUUGCCCUGAAAAUGAGAACCUGUCGGCAGCAAAAUACAGCAGACCUGAUUUCAAUGCCGAUGCUACUGAGCAAACUGUAUCUUCAGAUACAAAUUCAGAUUCUGAUAUUCCGCUAGCACGACUUUUGAAAAAGAGCGAAACACUUGUUGAAAGAAGUGAAGAAACUGAGAAAGGAGCUGCGAAUUGGAAAAACAAAGGCAAGGAUUUUUGCUGUCUAUUUCCUUAAACUAUAUUUAAAAUACUUAUGAUUCCAGGAUUAUAAAUUUACCAUAGCAAUGAUAGUAAUGUUAUAAGGUCGCGCGACGACUCAGAUUAUCUGUCAGAUGACCCCCUUUUGAUUUGUCAAAACCGUAAAAUA